CGUCAAUGUCUCUCCAUCCCACGGGAAGUUCAGUUAACCUGAGACAUCUUGCCUCCUCUUGAAAUGGGCGAAUGGAUUCAACACCGUUCCCUUAAGUGACUAUCACCACCAAUUUUUCUCCCGUGGUUCAAAGAGGCUCAGUGGAGAAGCUAUACAGGAAUGAAGGGCUCAGUAUUCCUCUAGCUCAAGUCUUCAGCUUGCCAGCCAUCAAUAUGUCAUUCACGAUAUGCAUUCGUACGGUCGUCUAUCUCCCGGCCUUCCUGUUUCUCACUUCUCUUUCCUUCAUCCUUUCGGCUCUGUUCAGCGAGUUCCUAUUCACCUGAAUGGCGUUUCAUGUUAUCCUAUUCGAACUUCAACACUGAAAAGUGUAUUGCCAUGCCAUGAUGACUUCCUUCAUACUCGCUGUUCUCCUUCUCACCAUCUCAGGACUCACAAAAUCUCAGCCAACAAUCAACUACCCGAUUAACUCUCAGUUACCACCAGUAGCCCGGUUAGAUGAACCCUUCUCUUACGUCUUCUCUCGUUACACAUUUCGAUCAGACUCCAAAAUAUCAUACUCGCUUGGGGAUGCGCCAAAAUGGAUUUCUAUCGACAGCAAAGAUCGCCGUCUAUAUGGCAUCCCGACCAACGACACCGUUCCCAGUGGCGAUGUGAUAGGGCAGAGAGUAGAGAUCAUUGCCAAGGAUGAUUCUGGCUCGGCAUUGCUAAGUUCAACUCUGGUCGUGUCCAGGAACAAAGGCCCAUCCCUCAAAACACCACUUCUGGAGCAGCUUAAGGAUUUUGGCGACUAUUCGCCGCCGUCAUCACUCAUCUCGUAUCCUUCUACGGAGCUCAGCUUUACUUUUGGUGCCGACACAUUUGAAUACCAGCCCAAUAUGAUCAACUAUUAUGCGACUUCAGGCGAUGGCAGUCCCUUACCUGCUUGGAUGAGGUUCGAUGCUGGUUCAUUGACAUUUAGUGGCAAAACACCUCCUUUCGAGUCACUUAUCCAGCCUCCUCAAACUUUUGGCUUCCAGCUUGUCGCUUCAGACAUUGUUGGCUUCUCUGCCGUGUCAAUUGCCUUCUCUGUCAUUGUGGGUAGACACAAACUCAGUGUUGACAACCCCAACAUCACUCUGAACACUACCAGAGGGAAGAAGCUUGCAUAUCGCGGGCUAGCAGAUGGUAUCAAGCUUGACAACAAACCUGUGAAGAUCGACGACCUUGAUAUUUCAACAGACGGGAUGCCGGACUGGCUGUCCUUGGACAAGAAAACAUGGGAUAUCGAGGGAACACCAGGAAAAGGCGAUCAUUCAACCAACUUCACCAUCACACUCCGCGACACAUAUCAAGAUACGCUUAACAUAUACGCCACUGUCAAUGUCUCCACUGCUCUAUUUCGCUCAACUUUUGACAGUAUUAAGGUCGAGGCUGGAAAAGAUGUCGAUAUUGAUUUGCGGCCCUAUUUCUGGGACCCUGAUGACAUUGACCUUCAGAUUUCAGCCAGACCGAAGAAUGAUUGGCUAAAGCUUGAUGACUUUAACAUUACCGGGAAGAUCCCAGUAUCGGCUUCAGGAGAUCUAAAUAUUUCCGUGACAGCUUCGUCAAAGACUUUAGACGACACAGAGACCGAGGUUCUAAAUUUGAGCGUGAUACCGUUCGAGCUUACAUCUUCGUCGACAACUCAGUCUCGCACUUCAUCAACAUCUACGGGCACGUCUACUUCUGUCGCGCCCACCGAAACCUCUGCAGAGCCUGAUGUACAGUUGUCUGAUGCAGAUGGGAGUCUGACAACCGGUACCCUCCUCCUCGCGAUUCUUCUGCCUCUUCUGGUCGUCAUAUUUCUUUCUAUGCUGCUUGUUUGUUGUCUCCUUCGGCGCCGCCGCAAACGACAAACAUAUCUCUCGUCCAAGUUUCGCCAUAAGAUCUCUGGGCCUGUCCUCGAGAGCCUUCGUGUCAACGGGAGCUCGGCGGCAAUGCGAGAGGCCGACAAAGUCGAGAUCAUCGCAGCUGCAGGCAAACAACAACGCCGCCCGAUAAGGACACCCCAUUCUGAGAUGGAUUCGGAAACGCUAGUUAUGGCAUCUCCAACAUUAGGAUUCAUGGCGACACCUCUUCUUCCUCCGAUAUUCGUCGCUGAGAAUUCCAACACCAGUGUAUCUCGGCCCCUUGGUACAUCCAGCAGCGAGGAUGAAAGAAGAUCCUGGGUCACAGUUGGAACUGCAACUGCAGGGCGGCCAAGUCGUGACUCUCUGAGGAGCCAACUGUCGAACUCGACAUUAUCACAGUCAACUAGUCAGCUGAUACCUCCUCCGGUAUUUUUAUCAGAUGCAAGACGAAGGUCUUUCAUGGGAGGUAACGAUGCAGCUGACUCCUCGCUCAAUGGUCUCCCCAACAUCCGAUCUCAAAGGGCAUUAUUCCAGCAGGGCUCUGACUACUACACAAGUGGCAAUGAAAGCUCAUUGGCCUUCGCUUCCUCGCAUCUUUCCAGCCCAAGGCUCCUGACCAGGGUUCCAACACGAGCGCCAGAUACUGGGCUCGGUUCUCAUGCCUCAGUCGGUGAUGUUGAGGACCCUUCAAUGGGGGCAACUCAGAGCCUGCCAACAUUGAGACGGCCGGAGCUAGUACGUCUGUCCACCCAGGAACUACUGGGAGAGGAUGUCGGCCCCAGUAGCAGGCCAUGGUAUGAUUUAGAGACACCCAGAGGGCUUUUCAGUGACCCUUCGUUUGGUUCCGGGGAGAACUGGCGUGUGUACGAAUCCCAGCGCGAUGGGACAGGCGCGUCAUAUCACCAGCUCGUGGACGAGUCGCCUUUCCAUCCUCUUCGACCAAGCACGGCGAUGAGCUCGAGCCGUGAUGGAGCACGGCCUGGAGAGCGAGCAGAUUCGGAUCUGAUAUCCCCCAGCCAAUGGGGGGAUGCUCAGAAUAGCAUCAGGGGAUCAUUGGCCUCUUUACGGCAAGGUUGGGGGCAUUCGAUGAGCAAGUUGUCUCGCUUGAGUGUAGAUCCGCUCAGUGUUCCUGGCAGCAGACACUCGAAGCCAGCAGGAAACUCGUCGGUGAACUGGAGAAGAGAAGAUUCGGGCAAGUCAGAAGGUGGCAGUUAUGCCUUUCUCUGAGUUGAAGGACAGUGAGUUGAAGUCCUGUAUUGAUGAUGUAUAUGUUGGAGCAUGAGAUACCCUGGCGCUUUGUAUUUGUUUUGGUAUGUUGAUACUUUCCUUCUCUUCUUUUCUUUUCCUUUUUCCUCCCUUGGCAUUUUGAUUGGGAAAGGAUAAUUUAGAUGUUGUUCUCUCUAUAGAUGGGGUCUCCGAAAACAUGUUUGGUCUAUAUUGGUAGCACAAGUCCUCAAACGACAAUCCUCAUUUCACUAGAUAAAUCAAAAAUUCUCCAUAUCUUAAUUACUAGCAAGAGACUCCAAAUGACAACAUGAUGUUUUGUA